AUUACAGUGAUUUUUUUGGCUUGUUGCUGCGUCUUUGAAUUAAGCGCUUUGGGUUUAAUUAGGGAGGAUGAGGUUCUUAACAAGUCAUAAUUAAUUUUUUGUGGUGAUGAGUAUCAACUAACAUAGUAUUUUUGUUUACUGGUCAUAACGUAAUUUUAGAAAUAACCAGAAGGAAAAACAAUUUGCAGCCGCGGGAGGCUCACGGCCGGGGAUGUGGCCCUUGUUCGCCAUGUGGAACGCCGGGCUGACGAGCGUCAUCGUGCCGACGCUCGCGGCGGUGUCUCUGUUCGCCACCGCCGUGUUCCUAGUCCGGCAGCUCACCAGGGAGGUGCACAUCCCCAUCCGGGAUGCCACGAAGCAGCACAACUGGCUGAGCGCCCGGCUGCUGGAGAAGGCCCUGUACUGCAGUAUUUGCGAGUCGCUGAUGAUGGCGGGCGACGGGGUGUUCUGCGACUGCUGUGGAGUGUGCGCCGACAGCGGCUGCAUCAGGACCGCCGACAGGAAGCUGCGCUGCAAGAUGAUAGCCGGGGUGGACAAGGGCAGGUGGAAGCACCACUGGGUCAAAGGGAACCUGUCGCUGGGGGCGGUGUGCGAAGUUUGCGAGGACGAGUGUGGCUCCGAGCCGGGCCUCGUGGACUACCAGUGCUGCUGGUGCCAGCGCACCGUGCACUCGGCCUGCCACCAGUCCUUGGGAGAGGUGUGCGACUUCGGCCCGUUCCGCAACUUCAUCAUCCCCCCGAGCUGCGUGACCUUGAAGAAGCUCAGCAGAAUGCGCAGCAAACUGCAGCUUCGUUCAGUGACUUCUCCCAAUUGGGAAAACUGGAACCCAAUCAUCGUCUUGGCGAACCGCAAGUCCGGGAGCGGGGACGGGGAGCGGGUGCUGUCGCGCUUCCGCGGCCAGCUGAACCCCGCGCAGGUGGUCGACCUGGCGGAUCGACCGCCCGAGGCGGCGCUGGAGUGGUGCACCCUGCUGGGGGACGUGCAGACCACCAUCCUGGUGGCGGGGGGCGACGGGACGGUGGGCUGGGUCCUCACGGCCAUCCACAACCUCAACAUACAGCCGGUGCCGCGUGUAGCUAUCAUCCCGCUCGGCACCGGCAACGACCUGUCAAGAGUCCUUGGCUGGGGCGCGGACUACAGUCCUGAGUCGGACCCCUCGGUUGUGCUGAAGAAGGUCAUGAGUGCUUAUCCAGUGUUCCUCGACAGAUGGAACGUGGAAAUGCGGUCUCACAGACACAUACGGUUCAGGAGAGAGCCUCACCAGUUGUUCAUGUACAACUACAUCAGCUUCGGCGUGGAUGCCCAAGUGGCCCUCGACUUCCAUCGCGCCAGGGAGUCGCGCUUUUACGUCUUCAGUAAUAGACUCUUCAACAAGAUGCUGUACCUGCUGUACGGCACGCAGCAGGUGGUGGGGCGCGGCUGCCAGGGCCUGGAGCGCCGCCUCGAGGUGCGCCUGGACGGGCGGCGGGUGGAGCUGCCCAGCGUGGAGUCGGUGGUGGUGCUGAACAUCCCGAGCUGGGGCGGCGGCGUGCGGCUGUGGGGCCUGCUGGACGACCCCCCGGCGCCCCAGCAGGUCGGGGACGGCCGCCUGGAGGUGCUGGCCCUCUUCUCGUCCAUGCACAUUGGGCAGCUGCAGGUGGGGCUGUCGCGGCCCCACGUCGUCGGCCAGGCCUGCCGCGUGCAGAUCAAGCUGAAGGCCAAGACGCCGGUGGAAGUGGACGGGGAGCCCUGGGUCCAGCACCCGGCGGACAUCAGCAUCACCUGCUGCAACCAGGCGGUCAUGUUGCAGUGCGACAGCUGAGCCUUCCAGCGCUCUCCGUAGAUAUGUGCCCUGUCGUCACCUUCAGUCUCCUUCCCCUCCCCUCGUCUUUAAUCGUUCGCCUCGAGAGGUGGGCACUUGCUCCAUCUGAAGUUUCUUCAUUUCCAACUGCUGUGACUAAAAUGUGUUUAUGAAUGGUGUCAGAGCAAGUUCUCGGAGAACAAUAUUCACACUACACACUACACCAAACCAGUCUACCAGAUCUAACACGAAGGUUAUGCCUUGUUCUGCGAAGUAGAUUACAGAUUAAGCUUUUUAUUUUAAACGAGAGUUUCCCAGAAUAUUAAUAUCAUCAUCAUCAUCAUCAUCAUGAUUAUAGAUGGACAAGUCUGCAAAAUUUUUGGGUUGAGUUGAGGUCUUAAAAAUCGAGUCAAGCCCAAGUAAUUGCUGAAAUUUUGUGUUCCUGGUGUUUAUGUUAAUGUACUAUUUGCAUUAUAUUUAAGUUCAUCAACAAGUGAGUCAUUUUUCUGAAGUGAAUAAGUCAAAUAAAAUUAUUAGUUGUUCAUAUUAAUGAUUUCUUUUAAAAUCGAGUAUUUGAUUCACUUUGCACUUUGUAAUAACGAGAUUUGUACUAACCAUACUGUAUGCUUUUGAGAAAAAAUACCUAACCAGGUACGUAGCGGGAAAAAAGAACUCACAUAAAUAUUAUGAUAAGGGAUUUUUCUUUUUUUUAAAAUGUUUUUUCAAUGUUGUUCCGAUUUUUUAGUAUCGUCGACAACGAAGAAAGAGGAAGAUCAAAUUCUUUUGCGAUUUCAGUUUUUGUUUUCUUGCCGCUGCCCACUUCAUUUUUGAUUUUAAGCUUUUCCGCUAACAUUAACUCGUUUCGUUUGCGUUUCGUAUUCAUUGAUAGAUUGAUACGAAUAAAUGCAAAUCUGCCACGCACAAAGAACAAUAAUUAGUUAUUCGUGCACAGUUUCAGAUAAAUCACAGUAUGCAAUGUAAUAUAAACAAUGGUAGCGACAAUGUCAUAGACGUACGUAUUUUGGUUAUACCAUAAAAAAAGAAUACACAACCCAACGAAAAACAAUAUACGUAGAGGCAGAUUGCAUUCCGUAGUUCCACAUUUCGCCACCAGAGGCGUGAAAAAUUUUAAAUAUCGGAAGUGUAUUGAAUUGACGCUCAGAACCAAAUAUUAUCCAUUGCAUGUUUACACAAAUCGACGCUAGAGGCGCGCCCGUGAUGCAAAUAUUUCUUUACUUCAGCUCAAGCGCGAGUAUUGCUGCUGACGCUGUGUUCAUCUCUGAUUUGUUGGUGUGUUUAUUUUCAUUUCUUACAAUGGCAUAGGGCGAUACAUUUGCUACGUUCCGCAAACGUUUUGAGCAUUCCGAUAGUAAUUAAAAUUUGUAUUAACCAUUAUAAUUAUAUGUACAAAUACUUCUGUUUGAGACGAAAACCAACUUCGAAUUACAUAUUAACCGUAUUUCGUAUGAAACGAAGUUUGUACCAUUUAAAACCCAAUUCUGUUUGCCGGGACCAGAAAAACUUUAAUUUAUAUAUAUAUCUGUGUGUGUGUGUGUGUGUUUUUUUGUGUGUGUGUGUGAGAGAGAGAGAGAAUUAUUUUAAUCUUACAUUUUACUAGAUUGUAAUUAAUAAGGAGAGAAUGUUUUCUGGAGACAAAAACCUUUUAUUUUUUAACUUCCUGACAUUCUUUCGAAUUAUUUCCUAAGAGAAUGUUAUGAUAUAUCAAGUAGUUUACCAUUUUAUUGUGUAGUUAGGUUAGGUUAGUUUAGGUUAGCUACAUUACAAAUGGUGAGAAUAUUCUAUUUGGUUAGGUUAGCUGCAUUUAAAAUACUUUAAAGUUUAAAAAACUGUGGACUAGAGGUUAUGUCAAGUUAGUUACAUUGAAAAUACUGUAAAAUUGUUUGAAUAGUUCUACAGGCUAUGCUGUAUAAAUUAAAAAAUAUGAAAUUAGUAAGGACAGUUGAUUAGGUUAUAAUAGCUAACUUUUAAAUUUGUAGUUCAUAAUUAUAAUUAACACAAUUCAACAGUGUUUCGUAUGUAGAUGACCCAAUUCCAACAGACAGUUCUCACAAUGUAAUGCUAGUUUUAAUGUACCUAGUCUAACCAUUGUUAAAAUGGUAAACUACUUUUAUUACAAUUCCUUUUUAUAGGAGGACCUAAAAACAUAUCGGGAAGUAACCAAAAAAUUCUCAAUUUUGAGUUUUUAUGGACAGUAAGUUCAUCAGAAUUACAUUCAGACUAUAGAGAUUUUUAUAAAUCAAUUGAAUUAAAAAAAAAAAGCCCAUUGCAGCAUAAUCUAGCAACAUUAGUACAGACUCAAAAAUACACUUCGUAAAUUUUUUUUUUUUUUUUUUCACAUUUUCCUUAUAAAAUUACUGUCUACUCCUUCAAGUAAUUUUUUAUCGCCAUUAAAUGGACGUGCCAAAAAUCAAGCGCGUAAUCUUUAACCGUACAAAAAAAAAUCCACUCAGUAUUAGUUUCCUUCUAUCAUUUUCUGUUUGAAAACAAAUGUCCCGACUUCAAAAAUGGCAAUACUUAGGCAUUUUCAAUCUUCCUGUCAACGAAUUUUUCUACAAAAAAAAAUGAGCAUUAAUUUGUUUGUAAAUAAAUAAUAACUUUUUUUGUAGACAAAAAUAAAACCUUCCUCCAUUUUUACUAGAUAAUCAAAUAUGUGACAAUACAUCAUGCAACAUAUCCUGUUUGUGCCUAACAGUAAUAUAUGGAUUGCCACUGUAGAUGUAAAUUCCAGGCAAAAAAAAUUUAUUUUCUAAGUAUAUUUUCUAUGGUAUAAAUCUAUGACGUAUACCAGGUUAUUCUAAAAUGGUGUCUUUUCCAGUUACUGAAACAUAAAUAGCGGAAUAAAUGUUUAAUGUUUUCAGGCAUUGUAAUUAUGUAAAAUUAACAGUAUUCUAAGAAAACUGCUAUAAUGUAAAUAUGAGAUUAUGCUGUAAAGUGUGUGCAAAAUAAUGGUACAUAAUUGUAUGGUCGUUGUACCUGUCAAAAAUGUCUCAAGUUAAAAGAAUAAAGGUUGUUGAGUCUCAUCUUGUCGAGUACAAUAAACUGGACUUUAUGGUUUAGGUUUACCUACUCGCUCAACUCGGCUCGAGUUUCCGAGUCUCAGCCCAUCUGUAAUUAUUAGGUUAGGUCUUGCAUCUCAUCGAUGCAAGACACCAAACGGCACUAAUCGGAGAUAACAGGGAAGGAGUCAGUCACGGCCUGUAGCAGGAGACUUCAAAAUUUCAUUUAGUAGCCAGGCACAAAAUCUAGGAACCAGUCUUGCGGUCUCCUGCUCAUUUAGAUUACCAUAUUUACUUGAAUAUAGUGCAAUGAUUUCUACCGAAACUAUGGAAACUUAAAGUGGGGGUUGCAUUUUAAUCACAAACUUGUUAUCUUGCUAUUGGGAACAGCUUAGUAGAAAAACUACAGGCUCUGCCUCAUAAAUGUGCCACUUAAUGCCACUUUAGUCUAGGACUUACUGAACGUCUGCACAGGAGUGACAGAUUAGAGGGUGCAAAUGGAGAGUUAGUCCAGGGUUCCUUUUGCUUCUCUUCUCUUCUCUGUGGCUGCUGGGGUAGUCACCACCCCCUUUCCUCGUCCAUCCUCCCAAGGGACCUCCGUGUAUCACCACAUUCUCUGCUUUCUGAACAGCCACCGCCUUUGAACUACAGUCAUAAAACACAAUGUAAAUCACUCUACUGGCAAAAGUGGCACCAGAAAGGGUCUAGUAAAUAUGUAAUAAAUUUAAAAAUUUAAAUAUUUUUUUCAAGUGCUGUGUACUUGAAUUGGGAUUUCCAAUCCAUAGUCUUUUUCAUUAACUCAUAAUCAAAAAGUUUGGGGUCUCAUCAUAUUCAGGGUUGCAUUAUGUUCGGGUAAACACGGUACUUACCACACCUCACGCAGUGGACAUGUAAACAUCAGCACAGCAAUGCAGUGCCCGCCAAAAUUGCCUGUUUUCAGGUCGCAGAGUUGUCUAUGUUGUAAAUAUGCUAUGUUGCCAAGCAUUUGAGGUAAUAGGUGCAGCAUUUGCAGUGAGUUCACCGUUGGGGAUGUUGAAGACCAACCUACACAAAGUACAUACUUUAUCCACAAGCUCAUUUUGUGCAACAACAACUAAUAAAAUUUACGCACACUAGUUUUAAGUACCAUCCCGGUUUCUUUGACCCAUUUAUUUCUGUACAGCAAAAUUUUGUAACAACAAAUUUUGGUAAUAUUUUAAAAAUAACUGUUUAGUUAUGUCUUGGUUUGUUGGUAGAAGUUAAGUCGCCAGCAAAGAAAGAAGUUAAGCGUCACGGCGACCUGGCACAUGGGAUUUGCAGAGCCCAGGCCUAUAUUAAAUAACAAUUCCUGCUUUGGCCCGUUGUGAUUUUGAAGAAACCGCUGGAAGACAUGUGACAGGAUGGUCAGGCCUGGGAUUCAAACCCGGGUCCUCCCAGAUGCAAGUCUCGUGUCUCGCUACUGUGCCACCUCGUGGCUGUUGGAGAUAUGACCUGUCGGUCGGAAGUCUCUUGCUAGCUUAUCUCGCGUAUCUUGCCGUUCUUACCGGCAAGGCUACUUAAGCUGCAGAUUCCCACGUGGGGCACGCAUGUAACGCAUUGCCACAUGCAAGCUAAAAUGGUUGCACUUGAUGAGGUCUCGUUUGCUGCUCUAAUGUGUGCGUUUAAUUGUUUGUUUCAAUAAAGUAUCCUUUAACUUUACUGUAUGAAGCCAUGGAAAUAUGAACGUGCAUUGCUAAAACUUACACGUUAACUCGGUGACGAAAAUGAGAUGUUACUAAUUCUUCUUUGUGGUAAAAUUAAGUUUGGAAGAUAUGUCAUUAUAAAAUGAUUUUUUGUUUUCCUAACCGCUCUGUUUAUUGUCUCCCAACAAGCCAGUGAAAAUGGACUUUGUGUUAUCUUGCUAAAAGCUAGGCCUAAUUGUUCGGUUAUAAUUUAUUUUUGCCAUGCGCUUCAUUGGUUUUUUUAAAUUUUUAUGUUUGUGAGACAUUUACUUGUGUAAAAUUAAGUUCACAUGUUAAUAAAUAUGCUAUUAAUGUUUCUGUUAGAAGCCAUUGCAAAUGUGCUUCAUUAAAGUAAUGGUGAAACUAUUGACAUUGGUGUUGAGUCAUUGUUGUGCAAAACAAACGUGCAUUUAAUGAGUUAAAAUAUGUUAAUGGGCCUGAUAUAAUUAGCGAAAAUUUAUUUCAUCAUAUACACAGUUGACAGCGAAACCAUAAAUUAAAUAUAGUGUGCAACCACUGUAAGAGAUCUUUAAAAUUUUCAGUGAAUAUUUUGUUUAUAGUUGUCAGUAUUUAUAACCAUUAACAUGGAAAAUAAAGUUAUUGUAUUUUAAUUUGAUUUGAACAAAAAAAACUAUAAUUGGCACAGGAUUGCUGAUUACAAAGCAUGUAAAAAAAAAAUGCCAAAUUUAUAUAGUUUCAAGAACCAAAAAAAUGGGUUGUGCAACUAAUCUUGGAGUAAAAUUUUUUUCUGUGAUUUUUUUAAAAAAAUUUAUAGAUAUUAAGUUAAUUAUUAAUAUUAAGUUUAAUUUUUUUUCAGAUAUAUUGUUAAUUUUUAGAGAUAUUAAGCUUGUAAUGUGUUAAUGAUGAAUAACAGUCUUUGUUCCUUAUUCGUAGAUGCUAAUUCAGGGUCUAAUCUCGAGGUUGGUUAGCUAGGUGUGGCUCACCAACCUGCGGCAACAGCAUUAGUCCAGAGUGGGGAUGAAGAACCACGUGGGUAAAACCACACACAGUAAUCACAUUCCUUUCCGCUGCGCUACCACGCGACUAGUCCAGCUCGGUGUUAGCAGAGUAAGAAUGCUUUUGCAAAUAAAAAUAUUGUUGCUUAAGAAACACUGUAGUAUAAGUGCUGUUAGCAGAAUAUUUCAAAAUAGGGAAUACAGUAAACUCCCUAUUAUCCGCGCAUGCUACGAAAAAAUACAGUACAUAUGUAAAUCAGUAUUUUAUUACAAGUGAGCAAAUUUGAACUCUACUGACGAGUGUAUUGUGUGCAGUAUACAGUAAAAAGCCACAGGCAAGCCCAGUGCGAAGGCGCAGAUUACUCGCGAAGCGGCUUUGCAACACAUCGUCGGACUGCUUCACUAAUUGGAGGAACAAGACGACGAUGCGCAGUUGGCUGAAAAAACUUACAUUGCUGAAAUUCAAUCAAGAAUAAAGAAAAGAUGUUUCUAAAGUAAGAAACAAAAGCAAGUGAUUUUUUAAAAAAGUUGUAAAUUUAAAGAGUUGUGCUUUUUUAAUGUCUAAUGAAAUCUCUGAGUACGUACAGUAUGUACUGUAUUCUUGUUACGAAGUAAGUACCGAGCACUUUUAUGCUUACAUCACUGAAAUGUAUUGUAUGUUAAUUAUUCAGUAAAAUACUAAUAUUUUAGCAUCAUUUAAUAAUUUUUACUGUUAAUUGUAACUUUUACUGUACAUAAAUUAAUGUUUCCUUUUUUGUUUCCCAUUUUCGGCUCUUUUGCGGAUUAUCCACAAUUUUCACUAUCUGCGGUGGUCCUGCCACUUUAUUUCGCGGAUAAUCGGGAGUGUACUGUAUAUGAAAAGCUUAAAAUUUUGUGCUAAAAAUAUAUAUAUACGUACACUUGAUGUUACAUAAUUAUUAACAUAUACAAUGUUUUGAAAUAGACAUGUAACUCAUUUUAAGGUGUUAUUUGGAGAUUUAAUUGUGUUUGAGUAAUUUAGGCGUAUGUACAGGCUUAGACUGGUUUUCAGAUAUAUGCGAAAGGACUUUGAGAGAUCAAACAAAAAAGUAUACAUUAACGAAACAUUUUAAAUGCAAACUCCACAUUAUCUUCGAAAAGCACCACCACUGUUAUUAUAUUUAUUACCAAUUUAUUAUUAUUUGGCUGGUGGCGCACUAAUAACUGACAGUGUGGUCUGCAGUUUGGUAGAACAGCUUCAACUUUUUUCUGACUCCUUGCCUAUUGUUUAAUUUUGAAGUUGCAUACAUACUUAUCUUUAUUAAAGUAAUAAUGUGCUUAUUUGUGUGUUUUUUUUUUAUCAUUAUGCAUACAUGAGUGAUACUCCUACUUAAUUUUUACUUUUAUCUUUCAAAGACUGAGAAUUUUAUGGAUGAAGUUUAAGGUCUGUGAUUUUUUUUUUUUAUGUUUGUCGUUAGUGUCAAUAUUUUUUUUUUGUGAUAUGGUGGUUUUCUUUUUUUCUUUUUAAGGAAUAUAUUCUUUAAUUCAUAUUAUCAUUAACAGAGAAAUGGAUAAAGUAGCAUAGGCUAAAAUAAUAAAAUCUUCAGAAUUCUAUCAGUGGCAGUGUAAUGAAAAUGAAAUUUUUUGCUUUCAAACAUCAACCAAGCUUUUAUGUUGCUCAGUGAUAUCAAUCCACUACACUUUAUGUUUUCCAGUCAGUUAAUUUAUGGUUGAACUAAUAAAUACACAGUAGGCCUGUCAGCCAGGAAGUAAAAAUAAUGAAAUUGAGGGCUUAUGCACUUACGCGUAGACAUUGGUAGAUCCAGAAACUCUUUGAAGGUUUUCCCAGAAACGUCACGUUUAUCCGUUGUGAGUUGUUCCGUAUUAGCUUCUCAAAUGCAUUUUUUUAUUUUGACUUAUUGUGUGUUAAACAACCUUCAAUGUCGUUAAUUCUAGCCUCUUGAUGUAAAUUUCUACAAAGUCUUAGGUUAGUGUAUAGUGGUCUGUGAAUAAAAUGUUAUAGUGUCUUUACCGAAUCUAAAUCUGAUUCUAUCGGUGAAAUAUAUAUAUAUGUAUAUAUUAUGUUAUGAAUUGUUAUAGUUCAAGAAAUUAUUUAAGAGUGAUUGUUUUAUUUUACUUUUAAAGAUCAUGGGUGGAAAUGGUCUUCAACAAAUGACUAAAUGAAGACUAGAAUAGGGUAAGGAAAAAUCUCGUAAGCUACCUUUGAUGUGCGCACAUUAUUUUGCACUGUUUGGUUAAAACAUUUGUAGACUGCCUGCUUUGUGGGUGCACAAAUAACUUGUCAAGUUUAAUACCAAAAAAAAUUAAUUCACAGUUGUAUCUGUGCUUAAAUCCAGCAUAAAUGUCUUAAUGUGAUGUUGCUUUAGUUUAAAAAAAAAAAAAAACGCUAGUAAUGUAUGAUUCACUAAUUAAAUGGAUCAAAUCAAUAAAAACUAUGAAACCCGUUACACUAUCCUAUAUUUUGUAUUUGACACUACAGGUAUGUUUUGAAUGUUGCAUGAUGUUGGGUCAUGGAUAUUGCUCUGGAAAUUAAAUUAUUUUUAAAUUUUAUAAUCUGUUAACUUCUCCAGGAUAUUGGAAUCUUGAUUGGUACAAAUGAUUGGCUUCCAACUAACUAUGAGUGGGCAAGCAGCCAUUACUGUCUGGUAUACCUAAAAACUAAAUUUAUGAAACAUCUUUUGUUGUUUAACUAGAUAAGUUUAAAAAUAGUGUUACUAUUCUCACAAAAAUAUUAUUAAGUGCUUUUUGAAAAAAAAAAUAUUGUUGUGAUGCACAUUAAUUAAAUGUUAAAUUCUUUACUGAGCUUCAUAAUUAAUGUAUUGUAUCUGUUGUGGGAAAAAAAAAAAAAAGUUUUUUUUUUCCCCCUAUUAAUUUUUGAGCUGCACUCUAUCGCACGCUCCCCUCAAAGUAACGCUCUAAUUCAUUCCAGGAAAACAGAGUGCUAAUAUAAACAGCACUAAUCAAAUACAUUUUUCCCCAUAAGAGAAUAUGUUAAUCAAAAUAACUUGUUCUCCAAUCAGGUAGUGUGCCUGUUGACUGCGAUUUUAAUCAAGACACUGCUCACUUUGAAAUUUAUUUACAGUACAAAUAUAUGUCUAAAUACUUUAUAAGUACUUAAAAAAAAAUGUUGAAUAUCAUUUUGAGACUAAACCUAAAAUUAUAUUUUAAAAAUUAGCGUAAAAAUUUUUUUUUACAUAAUAGGGUUUGCGGACAUAGAUUCCUAAGUAGGCCCUAACAUCCAACACCAUUUCUGAGUUACUAAAUAAUAAUGCUAAUUAAUAUAGGGGUUGUAAUUAUGUUCUAAUAAGAAUUUAAAAAGCAAAAACUUAACACUUUCUAUUAGAAAGAUUAUUUAACCUGUUAACGUAAUUCCCAGCACUGUUGUUUACUAAGUGCGUGUCUGCCAUGGUUUGCCUCUAGCGAAUCCUAGAAGGCGCAAGUUAAGCUAGCCCUGAGAGCUUCUAGCUUUACUCUCCAGGGCUGCUGCUGAAUGCUGAACACACUGACAUCUUCAGAGAUAUAUACACAAUGAAGGAGGCGAAUAGCUAUUAAGGAAAGAGCAAAAUAAUGUUGUCACAUUGUUAAUUUUUUUUUCAUUGUAUUUGAUGCUACAUAGGUGCUAUUGCCAUUGUGCGCACAUGGAAAUAAAUUUAUUGUAAAAGAAUACAGCGCAUCUUCGAAUCUACGACCGCGCUACUUCAAAUCAUGCCAUAAAUUUACUGGUGUCGUUACUUCAAAACCACUUCAAUCGAACAGCGUUACUUAGAGGGGUGGGUGUAUUUUCACUAGACAUCACCUGCACAAAAAAAAAUAAAAAAAGCUGUACAUUUGUGAUUUUCUGGUCAGGCAUUCCAAUUUUCAUGUGUUAAUUAUUUAAGUGUGUACAGCUCAAUUCAAGACUGCUUGAGAUAUGAAAAUGUGAAAACCUUUUAGCAUUUAAUGUAUUAUGUAAUGUUAAAAAAAUGAUAACUGUUACAUAACAACAUUCAAUAACAUAACCAAAGUUUUUUGUGGAAUCUUAAUUGAAAUGUUUUUGUAACGAGUAUUGUAUGUGCAUAUUAUACAUGCUGUUUACAUUUUUGUACACCAUUAAUAGUAAAUGUGAAUUUAUGUGACACAUUUUUGCUUUUGGUUGUUACCUUAUAAUAAGUACAUUCCUGUUGCAGUUUUUAAAGUUAUUUCAUGUAUGUACGAACAACCAAAAUAAAAAAUAAAUAAAAAACUUAAC